AUGGUAGAACUCAAAAGAUCCCUUUCUAAGAGAGUAUUCUCGUCAUUAUCUCUCUCUAAAAGAUCAACGUCAACCUCAGAGAACAAUUCUACAACAAACCCCGACUUUUCGGAUGACUUGACCCAGUCCAAAUCUCGGGAUGAUGAAGUUAUUCACACUCUCAGAUACGAUGAGUUGGACCCUCUAAAUUCAUUAGACCAACCAUUGAGUACCGUCAGCACAACAACAACAACUACUACUACUACUAAUGCCACAACAACAACAACAACUGGCAUGUCCACCCCUUUGCAAUCUUCAGUCAGCAUCUCCAACAAUAGACCAUCACGUAGCAGAACUUCGACCACCAGUUUGCCUGCGUUGCUCAAGAGAAGCAAGUCAUAUCUUUCUGGAAAUGACAAAACACCAAUUGCUCCUCCAGCUUAUGGAUCUUCUCCGACCGUUAACAACGCCAAUAGUUCUACAGUCUCAAAACGUCAAAGUCAAUCUAGCAUAAGUAGAAAUGAUUCCAUCCCUCAGCUACCUUCAACUUUACAAAAUCUUCAUCAAGAGCUCGCCAAAGCCCUCACUUUGAACACCAGUGAUGACAUUAUCGACCCAUCGUCGACUAAUGCCAAUAAUGUCAAUUCUUCUGGGGCUAAAUCACCAUUGAAAUUGGAUCUUUUACCUCCAAACUCCCUCAAAGGACCAGUUUCCUCGGACCAAUUAGCACCAAAUUUACCAUCUCGUCUCACUACCCCAAUCAUGGAGUCGGUGCCAUUUUUCCCUCCUAAUGCUGGCACCACAAUUUCUCAAACUCCAUCGCAUCGUCAAACUGAUUCUGAUGAUAUGGAUUUCACUCGUGGCAACAUAAUGAGCCCGCACGCCAUUAUGGGCACUAGAUCAAGACAAAACUCUUCUGCUACUUCUUUUAGCUCUCACACUACCAAUAAUAACUACAAUUGCCAAAAAUCCCAAUAUAUUUAUUUUGAUAGUACCAAUCAACAAUUCAAUGCCUUGCAAGGCUCCGUCGCCAUCAAUCCAUCGACACAACCAUCCAACAAUGAUCAACAUCAGAAACAACAGAGCGGCAGCGGCUCCAUCUCUGCCAACACUUCCUUUCUCAAUGAUCCGAUCCUUUGCAAUUUGCUUUAUCAUAACAGAGAUAUCGUCACCAGUGAUUUUCUCUUGAAUGAGCCUGACGAAUUGGAAGAUGCAUUUUGUGAUGAAAUGGCCCUUGGAAUUUUGGAUAAGGUGGUGGAAUCCACCCCUAUCAGUGUUGAUGGUGCCGGCAACAGUCCAAACCGUUUGAGAGGCCAGUAUGUGUUUGAUGAAUCGAGAGUUAAUCGCCAAGAUGAAUGGUAUCUCUGA